AUGCGGCCCCACUUUCACCAACAAUUUGCGCCGACUAGUUUGGUGAAGUAUGGUCAAUUAACCUUCGCGGUCCCCUUGUGGCACGGAGGCAAUGACCCUUGCGCUGGAUCGACGGCAGCCUUGCACAAUUACACAAACCCACAGUGCGCCGUUGCGGGACCCUGUGGUUCCGUCGUGCAAAACAUCCGUCUUUCCUUAUUUUGCGCAUGUCCCUUUUUUGUUGCAUGGAAUCAUCGCCGCCCGCUCGCCCACGGUGGCGCAGGUUUCAUCGCAUCAGACAUGACAUCGCGCAACUCGAGCACGCAGCUGUGGCUGGUGACGCACUUCCACGAGACUGGGUCGCUGUACGACCACCUGCACUCGGCCACGCUCGACGCGGCCGCGUGCCUGCGCCUCGCGCUGUCGGCCGCCGCCGGGCUGGCGCACCUUCACGUCGAGAUCGUGGGCACGCAGGGCAAGCCGGGCAUCGCGCACCGCGACAUCAAGAGCAAGAACAUCCUUGUGAAAGACAAUGGGCAGUGCUGCAUCGCCGAUUUGGGGCUCGCUGUCAUGCACUCGCAGAUGACCAACAUGCUGGAUCUGGGGCAGAACCCACGCGUGGGCACCAAGCGCUACAUGGCACCCGAGCUGCUAGAUGACAGCAUCCAGGCCGAUUGCUUUGACUCGUUCAAGCGAGCUGAUGUCUGGGCAUUUGGCCUUGUCCUCUGGGAAAUCGCCCGGCGCACGGUCAAUAACGGUAUUGCUGAAGAGUACAAGGUCCCCUUCCAUGACAUUGUGCCAUGUGACCCGAGCUUUGAUGAAAUGCGAAAGCUGGUGUGUGUGGAUCAACAGCGACCCACGAUACCAAAUCGCUGGUUUUCUGACCCGAUGUUGGCAGCCUUAGCUCGGGUGAUGAAAGAGUGCUGGUAUCAGAAUCCAUCCGCCCGUCUCACUGGUCUGCGCAUAAAAAAGACCCUGGCUAAGAUUGACGGGCAACAGCACAAGAUGAAGGCGGAUUACUGAGCUUGUGAUGCUGGGUAUGAUUGGAGGGUGAGAAGAGACUUGAGCCUGGAAAACGACUGAAGCAGUUGACUCAUUUCUAACAAAACUAAAAGUGUUGCUUCGUGGCAGCAGCAGUCUACAGUAUUACAUGUGUUGUUCCUCGCGUGUGUUCAAUAACACUAAUGUUGCUUGUUCCAUUGCAAAGUGAUAGAUGCAUGCUAAACAGAAGGACAUUGAAGUUUCGACAAGUAAACCAUGAUCAAGUGCUUAUUUUGUUAUCGCAUUGACUAAAUGUGAUGUUGAUAAAAAUGUCAACUAAUCCACCAUAUGAAUAUAACAAAGUUUCAUAUUCUUGGUUCUUUCGGUAAAGUCUCGUAGA